GAAAAACAGGUGGACGUCGUGGAUAUACAAAAAAUAGAUCGAGGUGGGCCCCACAGUCAGGGCCUCACCCACUUAGCUGUUACCCCUGCACCACCUAAUCUGCACCCUGUCCAAGUGCUCGGUCGAGGCAUGUUCAUACUCGUCCCUACCUGAUGAAUGGUUCGAUCUCGCACAAAGCGUUUCUGGUGGGCAAGUGAGCCGCGAAGAACCCUUUCCAUCUCGCGCGAACCAGUGAGCAAGCCCUCGUGCUCUGGAAGUUUUGAAAAAAGAAAAGCCAACGGAUCUCGUUCUGUUUUUAUCGGAGAAACCCUAGAAUGGAAAAUAUGGCGGAAAUGCAUCUCUAGAGCAACCCUAGGAAGAGAAGAAUCGGAUCAGAUCGAAUGGAGUCGACGGGAACGAAGAAGACGAACCAUCUGCUUCCAUGGUUGAAUGCCAUGGUCACUGAGCCCUACUUCCUGUUCCAUUUCCUCUCCUUCUUCUCCUACGUCGUCGCUCGCACCUCUGCUUCUGAAUUCCUCUCUCCUGAUUCAUCUCGCCGCCUCCUCCGCCGGGAAAUUCAAGCGUUUCUGGCAUUCUCUGUUGUGACCGUCAUUAAGCUGGUCAAAGAGGAAACUUGGGAGGCCUUUAUUGCUGAUACUCUGCUUUUUGCAAAGGGAUUCCUUAUCGCAGUUUCUCUGAUUUUGGAUUAUCACUUAACCCUCUGUUACAUGGUUGGGUUUUUAGUUAUAUCUAUCUUAACUCAACAACCAGCUUACCAUGGACUAGGAAAUGCAAAUCAAUUGACCCCAUUGCAAUUGGAAACCUUCUUGACUGAAGGAAAUACCUCAAGAUUCUGGCUGGUUGAAUUUCGUGCUUUGUGCUCAUCGACAUGCAUUCGGACAAGUCGCUUUUUCCCUGAUCUCUCAAUCACAUACUCAAAUAAAAAUAUAUCUUUCGGGAUAGUGGAUCUUGGGCACUUUCCAAAUGCUGCGGAAAAGUUCGGGAUAUCAUUGGGCGUAAGCAUGGGCCAGCUUCCAACAUACAUAUUGUUUGAGAAUGCAGUGGAAGUUGCUCGUUUUCCUGAGGUGGAUUUCGAAUCAAAAUCUUCUUCUCCAACUAUUACCAAGAACCUACUUUGCCGACAUUUUGAGCUGGACCGACGCCUUCUUGAAUAUGUAUCUGGAAAAUAGACGUAAUUGAGAAAUACAUGUAUAUGAUUGCCGGUACGUGUACUUCUCAGCCAGACUUGGUAUUGGUUAUUUAAAAUAUAUACAUUGUGGAACUAAAUCUUGAAUUAAUGCGAUUAAUGAUCCAAUUUUUUUAUUUUU